CUGAUCUGCAUACUCUCUCAGCUGGACUUGGGGCUACUACUUACUGCAUCUGAAAGGCUGAAAUUCACUGGGAAUAAAGAAUUCUUGUAACAAUGCCGGAACCCACCAAAAAAGAUGAGACUGAAACAGAAAGUGCACCACCACCUCCAGAACAAAAAACACCACAGGAUGGUGGAACUGGAAAGGAUAAAGUAUGGUCUAUUGGAGAAGGAGCUCCAGAAGAAUCAGAAAAACGUGAUGAUUCCCAAAUGUCCACUCUAUUUGUGGAAAAACCUCAGAGCGGUUCAGUGAGUGUUGGUGGGAAUAUUACAUUUAUAGCCAGAGUAGAAGCCAAAGAUCUUCUCCGAAAGCCAAAUGUGAAGUGGUUCAAAGGAAAAUGGAUGGAUCUGGCCAGUAAAGCAGGGAAGCACCUGCAGCUGAAAGAGUCCUUUGAGCGUCACACUAAGAUUCACACAUUUGAGAUGCAUAUCAUUAAAGCUAAAGAAAACUACGCAGGGAACUAUCGCUGUGAAGUGUCUUAUAAGGACAAGUUUGAUAGUUGCUCUUUUGACCUUGAAGUUACUGAAUCUUCCCAGGCUGCCCAAUCCAUUGACAUCAGAUCUGCUUUCAAAAGAAGCGGUGAAGGACAAGAAGAUGCAGGAGAACUUGACUUUAGUGGUCUCCUGAAACGUAGAGAGGUUAAACAGCAAGAGGAAGAGCCUGAGAUAGAUGUGUGGGAGCUCCUGAAGAACGCUAAUCCCAGUGAAUAUGAGAAGAUUGCUUUUCAGUAUGGUAUCACUGACCUGAGAGGCAUGUUAAAGCGUCUGAAGCGCAUGCGCAGGGAAGUGAAGAAGAGUGCAGCUUUUGCCAAAGGUCUUGAUCCUGCAUAUCAGGUGGACAAAGGAGGUAAAGUAAGGUUCAUGGUAGAGCUCGCAGAUCCAACAGUGGAACUCAAGUGGUAUAAAAAUGGCCAAGAAAUACGACCAAGUGCAAAAUACAUUUUUGAGCACAAGGGUAACCAGAGAAUUUUAUUCAUCAAUAAUUGUACCAUGGCAGACGAUGCUCGCUACUACGUAACAGCUGGUGAUGAGAAAUGCUCCACAGAACUGUUUGUGAGAGAUCCUCCGAUUUUGGUGACCAAAGGUCUGGAGGAUACCAGUACCUAUGUUGGUGAACGAGUAGAACUGAGCUGUGAAGUGUCUGAGGAAAACGCAAACGUGAAAUGGUUUAGAAAUGGUGUAGAAAUUAGCGAUGAUCCUAAUUCUCGGUAUCGAAUCAAGGUUGAGGGCAAAAAACACACUUUGGUCAUAGAGGAAGCUGCGAAAAAUGACAAUGCAACUUACUCAGUAAUGACAACUGGAGGCCAAUCAGAAGCUAAGCUUUCAGUUGAUUUGCGACCACUGAAGAUAUCACUUGCACUCGAAGACCAGACUGUGAGGCUUGGACAGGAAAUCCACCUGAAGUGUGAGAUAUCUGAGAACGUGGAAGGAAAAUGGUACAAAAAUGGGCAACUGGUUGAAGCUAGUGACCGUGUAAAGCUUUAUCACAAAGGAAGAAUCCACAGAUUUGUUAUAGCAAGUGCUGCUGUUGAUGAUGAGGGUGAAUACAUGUUUGUACCAGAUGCCUAUAAUAUUAAUAUUCCAUGCAAAGUACAUGUUGUGGAUCCUCCUAAACUCCACCUGGAUGGUCUCGGGGAAAAUAACACCGUGACAGUAGUGGCAGGAAGCAAAUUAAGACUUGAGAUCCCAAUCACUGGAGAGCCAACUCCAAAAGUCGUGUGGAGUAGAGGAGACAAGGGGAUCACAGACAGUGGAAGAAUACGGGCAGAAACAUACCCAGACAGCAGCUGUCUGGUCAUUGAUGCAGCUGAGAGGGAAGAUUCAGGUCCUUUCAGAAUAACAUUAAAGAAUGAAGCUGGGGAAGACACAGCUCUAAUCAACAUUAAAGUGGUUGAUGUACCUGAUCCUCCUCAGGCACCAAAUGUGACUGAGGUGGGUGAAGACUGGUGUGUUAUGACCUGGGAACCUCCGGCAAAUGAUGGUGGAUCUCCCAUCUUAGGAUAUUUCAUUGAAAGGAAAAAGAAGCAAAGCUCCAGGUGGAUGAGGUUGAAUUUUGAACUGAUAAAAGAAACAACUUUUGAGCCGAAGAAGAUGAUUGAAGGUGUUGCUUAUGAGGUCCGUGUAUUUGCUGUUAAUGCAAUAGGCACUUCCAAACCAAGUAUGCCUUCAAAGUCCUUUGUUCCUUUGGCUGUUACUAGCCCACCAACUCUGCUGGCAGUGGAUGGAGUGACUGAUACCUCAGUUACAAUGAAAUGGAGGCCACCAGACCACAUUGGAGCAGCAGGGUUAGACGGCUAUGUUGUAGAGUACUGCUUUGAAGGAAGUAUUAGAUGCUUUCAGUUUAAGGCAGAGACUGAUCAGUCAGAAAACUCCAAGCAGCAGGUGUUUGCACAGGCUUUUUUCAAUGGAUUCUCACAAGGUAUAUCGACAGAUCUGUCUGAGGAAUUGUUGGAGCCACCUUUUAACGUGGAAGCUGAUGAAUGGAUCGUGGCUAACCCGGAGCUGACAGACAAAACGAAAUUUACUAUCAAUGGCCUGCCAACUGGCUCAAAAAUCCUUGUGAGAGUAAAAGCUGUGAAUGCUGCUGGUGAAAGUGAGCCUAGGUACCACCCACAGCCUAUUUUAGUCAAGGAAGUGAUAGAACCUCCAAAGAUUCGUCUACCAAGACACUUAAAGCAAACCUAUACUCGAAGAGUUGGAGAAACUGUGAAUCUUGUUAUUCCUUUCCAGGGAAGACCAAGGGCAAAAGUAUCAUGGGAGAAAAAUGGUUCUCCAAUUGACAAGAACCAAAUCAACAUCCGCAACACUGAAAAUGACACCAUCAUCUUUAUCCGAAAGGCAGAAAGGUGCCACUCUGGAGAAUACGACAUGAAAGUGGAAGUAGAGAACUUGGUGGACAAAGCUACGAUAGAUAUUCAGAUAGUUGAUCGGCCAGGCCCACCAGAGAUUGUAACUAUUGAUGAUGUCUGGGGAGAGAAUGUAAAUUUGUCAUGGAAGCCACCGAAAGACGAUGGCAAUGCUGCCAUUACUGGCUACACUAUUCAAAAAGCAGAUAAGAAGAGUAUGGAAUGGUUCACAGUAAUGGAGCACUACCACCGCACCAGUGCCACCAUUAAUGAGCUCAUCAUAGGAAAUGAGUACUACUUCCGUGUCUUCGCUGAGAACAUGUGUGGCCUCAGUGAGGAUGCAACAAUGACCAAAGAGAGCGCUUUGAUUGCAAAGGAUGGUAAAGUCUACAAAUACCCAGUUUACGACGAUUUUGACUUCACUGAACGACCAAUGUUUACUCAGCCUCUUGUCAACACAUUUGCUGUAGCUGGUUACAACGCUACUUUGAACUGCAGUGUUCGGGGCAACCCCAAGCCCAAAAUAACCUGGCUGAAAAAUAAAGUCAUUAUAAUGAAUGACCCAAGGUACCGAAUGUUCAGCAACCAAGGUGUCUGUACCUUGGAGAUCCGCAAACCCAGUCCCUAUGACGGAGGUACUUACACCUGCCGAGCAGCCAAUACACUUGGAGAAGCAGAAGUUGAGUGCAAACUGGAAGUAAAAGGUGGGCUUUCAUUCUUCAGACUCCUGAUGGAUGGCGUGCCUCCCCAUAUCAUUGAUUCAUACAUGCGUGAAGUACAGGCAGACAAAACUGAGGGGAAGUGA